UGAUCUACCAAACAGUUUCGCUACCUUUCCUUCGAUUUUCGACGAUUUUUCGCGCGUCCAGGACCUACUAUAACCCCCGACGGUACAGUGAUCGGUUCAGAGACGUGAGAGGAUCCCGGGUUGCUAAUCGUCGCGACAACCCCCCGGUGGUGGAUCUUGUUGAUCGAGAUGGGCAGGAUGGACUUGCACAGAUGCAGCUUAGGGCUGCUGUCUACUGUGGUUCUUGUGACACUAGCCAUCACAACACAGCACCAGUUCGAUAUUUCAGAUUACCUCUACGGGAUAGAUAACAAUUUACAGGCGAGAGCACACGCAGGAUUCGAAGCUGAAAGGUUUACGUACCAAACGAGAGCUAGGUUUCAAGAGAGGACGGAAGCCAAAGAUGCUCCCUGUAGAGUGAAACCGCAAAGACCAUGUCCACCGAGCAAAUAUAGAACGCCUUCCGGUACAUGCAACAACGUCAGGCAUCCUGUUUGGGGUUCACGCGGUGUCCCCUUCUUGAAAUUGUUGCCCCCAGCGUACGCAGACGGUAUAACGACACCUCGGCAGUCGGUGAGGAACCACGUGCUACCAACGCCAACGAAAGUGGUGACAAUGGUGAUGGAGCGGCUGGAACCCGUACCAGAGGCGCACGAGGGUUUGACGAGCUUUUCCGGUCUGUGGUCGGAGCUGAUUCUGAACGACAUCGCCGCCACGAUCCAUCCGACGGACCGACCGGAACUGUCCUGCUGCUCGGGAAAAGCGAGACACCCCGAGUGUUACGAGAUCCGCGACGAGGAGGGGGGAUGCAGGAAGUACUGGCGAUCGGUGCCGAGUUUGACGGCGCACAACUGCAACUUCGAGACCAGGGAACAGAUGAACGGCGCGUCCGCGUACUUGGACGGCUCCCACAUUUACGGGAUCACCGACGAGAAGCUGCAUCAGCUACGAACGUACAGCCAAGGGAAAGUGGACGUGACUGCAUGCGACAUCUGCAACAGCACCGACGACAGAGCCCUCGGCACUAUUUACGCCGCUUUCUUGAACGAGCACAAUCGCAUCGCUGGGAAGCUGGCCGAGGCGAACGUGCAUUGGGACGAGAACAAACUGUUCCUCGAAGCUCGUCGACUGGUAGUGGCUCAAAUCCAACACGUCACCCUCAACGAAUACGUGCCCAGUAUUCUUGGAGAAAGUGCUCGAACGGAUUCCGAAUUAAUGCCCGUUGCCAGUGGCUUUUAUAACGGUUAUUCCUCCUCGAACGUCGGUGGCACUUACGAUGCUGUCGCGUUGACGGCUCUCCGCGCUCUGACGUCGCUCCGCAGGCGCGGGAUCAACGACGCCGCCAGCCUGGAGGACCACGUGAUCGCGUCGGCCAAUCACGUACGCCUCGACCUCAGCCACUCCGGCUACGAGCCUCAGUUGGACGCGAACGCUCAUUUUGUUCACGUGGGCCGCGACCAUGGGAUACCUGGCUACGUCAAAUUCGUCGAGGAUUGUUCUGGAAAUAAUAUUACGAUCCGGAAGUUCAGCGAUUUGGAACGUUUCAUGCGACCGGUUCACGCGAGACUGUUGGAAUCGGUUUACUCUGGGGUGGAAGACGUAGAUCUGCUUCUCGGUGGGAUUCUGGAAGUCCCAACAAACGGUGCAGCAGUGGGUCCAACGUUCGAAUGUCUACUGAAGAGACAAUUCAUCAAGAUUCGAAACUCUGAUCGAUUCUGGUACGAAAACGAUCUACCCCCGUCUGGGCUGACCUCGACGCAGCUAGGUGAAAUAAAGAAAGUGUCCCUGGCUGGUAUCCUGUGCACCAACACGAAGAUCGACAGAAUUCAGCCGAAAACGUUCAUCCAACAGGAUCCGUAUCUGAACGCGAGGAUCAGCUGCGAUCAGCACAGCGUUCUCGAUGUGACUCCGUGGAGGGAGGAGCCCCUACCAGAGCCAGUGAUAAAAGAAAAAGUCACCAGCAAGACUGUAGUUCCGGAAUUGGUGCCUGAGCUGAAUCCCAGCCUCCUGGCGGCUGCUGUGAAGAAGGCAGAGGCGGAUUUGAUCGAAAGAAAACAAUUGGAAUACAAUUCAUGGCUGGAGCAGAAGAUAGCAGACCCUAAAUCGCCCGUAGGCACGGCUGCCAGUUUCUCGAAAGCCAACAGAGACGCUCUGUUACUGGCUAAUUCCUCGAUCAUGUACGAGCUGGCCACCAAUGAGAUCCUGAACGGUGUGCAUGGCCUGAAACGCAGAAAACGACAGGUUUUCGACACCACGGAUAACAUUUUGGGGUUCCCCAACAAUGACUUUUCAGAUUUAUUGCAAAAUGUCGAUAUAUCCGGGUUCCUCUCGCAGAAGAAAGCAACGAAUCACGAGGAGGUCGAAUGCUCGACUGACGACAGCCCCUGCGAUCCCACCACCCCUUACAGGACCCUAUCCGGUCACUGCAACAAUCUUCGUAAUCCCAGUCUUGGUAAAUCGUUGACCACGUUCGCCAGGUUGCUUCCGCCUGUGUACGAGGACGGAGUGUCGAAACCAAGGCUCACGGCGAUCUCGGGGAUACCUCUACCGAACCCCAGAGUGGUGUCCACGGUGAUCCAUCCGGACAUAUCUCACCUGAGCAACCGUUAUUCGUUGAUGCUGAUGCAAUAUGCACAGUUCUUGGAUCACGAUCUGACUAUGACACCGAUCCACAAAGGGUUCGCGGAGUCGAUACCGAGUUGUCGUCCCUGCGACUCGCCCAGAACGGUUCAUCCGGAGUGCAAUCCGUUUCCAGUGCCACCUGGCGACCACUACUAUCCCACGGUGAACGUGUCCUCUGGCGCACGGAUGUGCUUCCCCUCGAUGAGAUCGCUGCCAGGUCAACAGCACUUGGGUCCACGCGAACAGAUCAACCAGAACACUGGCUUUCUCGACGCUUCUGUCAUCUACGGGGAGAACACUUGCAUUUGCAACGUUCUGCGCGGCUUGAACGGCCGCAUGAACGUCACUCAGAGCCCCCACCGUGGAUCGAAAGACCUGCUGCCCCAAUCGCCCACUCAUCCGGAGUGCAAAGCGAAGUCUGGUUACUGCUUCAUCGGGGGAGACGGUCGCGCGUCCGAGCAGCCAGCCUUAACCGUGAUGCACACCUUCUGGAUACGCGAGCACAACAGAAUCGUCGAGGGCAUGAGGCAGGUGAAUCCCCACUGGGACGGGGAGAAACUGUUCCAGCAAUCUCGACGUAUCGUAGGCGCGUUGCUGCAGCACAUCACCUACAACGAAUUCCUGCCGAGAAUCCUUGGAUGGAACGCCGUCACUCUGUACGGUUUGAAGCUACUGCCUCAGGGGUACUACAAGGAGUACUCGCCUACCUGCAAUCCGAGCGUGCUCACCGAGUUCGCGACAGCCGCGUAUAGAAUUGGUCACUCGCUACUCAGGCCCCACCUGCCGAGAAUGGAUCGCAAUUACCAGAACGUCGAGCCACCCAUUUUGUUGCGCGACGGAUUCUUCGAUCCUGACGCGCUCUACCAGCGAGGAAUGCUCGACGAAAUGAUUCGGGGAUUGGUCGCCACUCCCAUGGAAUCGCUGGAUCAGUUCAUCACCGGAGAGGUGACCAAUCAUCUUUUCGAGAUUCGAGGAAUCCCCUACUCCGGGAUCGACUUGAUAGCGUUGAACGUUCAUCGCGCCAGGGACCACGGAAUACCCUCAUACAACAACUACAGAGCACUUUGCAACCUGAAGAGGGCCACCACCUUCGAGGACUUGUCCAGAGAGAUGGCGCCGGAGGUUAUCGCGCGUAUGAAACGUAUUUACAACUCUGUCGACGAUAUAGACCUGUUUCCCGGCGGACUGUGCGAGAGACCGCUUCAAGGGGGACUCGUGGGACCCACGUUCGCUUGUAUAAUUGCUAUACAGUUCAGACAAGCGAGGAAAUGCGAUCGUUUCUGGUACGAGACCGACGACCCCAACAUUCGGUUCACCGAGCAUCAGCUGGCGGAGAUUCGUAAAGCUACCUUGUCGAAAAUUAUGUGCGACAGCAUGGACGAGCACAACGAAAUGCAGAGAGCAGCGUUCGAUCUGCCCAGCAAUUUCUUGAACCCCCGCGUCCCUUGCAGCUCUAUGCCGCAACUGGAUCUCUCCGCUUGGAGGGAGACGAGGCACGGCUGCCAGAUCGGUGGUAGAAACGUUGCUUUAGGGGAAUCUGGUUUCCCCACACCUUGUACUAGUUGCGUUUGUACAGUCGAAGGUACUCAAUGCGCAUCUUUGAGAAUAACGGACUGCAAUCAGCUGUUGCGCGAAGCAUCUCGAGAGGCGAUUCUGCGCGACGAUGUAUGCACCGCUCAGUGUGGUUUCGUUUUGGCGGCCUCGGAAGCAACUUCAAGGUUUCAGCAAUUCACGACGCCAACCAGCUUCCCUGGUUUCGUGCCUCACAGAAACAGUCUACGAAGUGCACCAACGCCAGUUUCCUUCAACGGCUUUAAAUUACCUGAUCUUUCUCAGUUCAUAGGUUGAGCGAGGCAAACGUCAGCAGAGACUUUUUCAUACGAUUCGUUGCUUAUUAACUAUCACAUGCAAGAGACACACUGUCUUCCUUCGAGAAACUGUACAACGACAGUGACAGUUAACAAGCUGCGCUCAUCAUUGAUAAUUGUAUCGAUGAUUCGUAAUGACACGUUGCGUGUGCAUGCUUUUGCACACUUUCUAAUGUCA